CUCAAGCGCGGCUCAGCCAAAAACAAAGGGGUUGGCUGCGAAGCAUUUGGAAAAAACAAGUACUUUUUGAUAAAUCACGACAGCGAAUUUCGAAGCGCCGAAUCGCUAAAGACAAAGACGAUAAUUAAUCGACGGCGACCCACAAAGCCACAACAGCUAAACAAUCCCGGAUUGAGAGUGUGAGGGCAGUCUCGUAUCGGGACCUUGAUUUGGUUCUAGUCGAAGCUUUUGUGGCAUUCGGUUUACUCGUUUAGUGUUCUGCAUCGUGAUUCCAAUCUCAUUAGCGACCAUGAAUGAUGAUGGAGAUAAAACUUGCCCUCUUUGUGCUGAGGACAUGGACCUCACUGACCAGCAAUUAAAGCCUUGCAAAUGUGGUUAUGAGAUAUGCGUUUGGUGUUGGCAUCAAAUAAUGGACAUGGCUGAGAAAGAAAAUACAGAAGGGCGUUGCCCUGCUUGUCGUACUUUAUACAAUAAAGAGCGGAUUGUUGCAAUGGCUGUGAAUUGUGAAAGAUUGAUGACUGAAAAUAACACAGAAAAAAGAUACAAGACUCAAAAGACGAAGUUGAAGAUAUCAUCAGAUGCACGGAAGAAUCUUAGCAGGGUGCGUGUGGUACAACGAAACCUUGUUUACAUAAUGGGAUUGCCUUCCCAUUUGGCUGAUGAGAGCCUACUGGAGCGUAAAGAAUAUUUUGGUAAGUAUGGAAAAAUAUUGAAGUUGUCUAUUUCGCGUCCGACAACAGCCACUCAGCAAGCUUCUAGUAAUUGUUAUAGUGUGUACAUUACAUAUGCUAGAGAGGAGGAUGCAGUUCGUUGUAUUCAAUCUGUUCACAACUAUUCGAUGGAUGGUAACUCCUUAAGAGCAAGCUUUGGUACUACAAAAUAUUGCCAUUCUUGGUUGAGGAACAUGAUUUGCAGCAAUCCAGAUUGCUUGUAUUUGCAUGAUAUAGGCUGCCAAGAUGACAGCUUUAGUAAAGAUGAGAUAAUUUCUGCUUGUUCUAGGAAUAGGGCCCCGCAAGUUGCUAUGAACAAUUUGCAACAGCGCGCACGAAACGUUUUGCCUGCAGCAGAAGUUGAUAUAGGCACCAACGGAACACCUUCCAGCAAAAGUUGUUUGAGAAAGUCCUCAAGUAAUACUACCAAACAUGCAAAAUCAGCUAAUAUUUCUAGUGAAAGGUCAUUAGUGCUUCCCGCUUCUGCUUCAUGGGGUUCUCGAGUGCCAAAUAAAUGUUCAACACCAGCGACUACACCAUGCCUGCAAAACCCUGUCAAGCAGAAGCCAGAUUUUUUAAAUUCUUCAACUUCAUUUCUUUCAUCCGUUUCAAGCAUUAAAUGUAUUUCCGCAUGGGAUGAUCAUGUUCCUGUAUUAUCAAAGGAACCUGACAACAGGACUGUGGAGAGUGGGUCAAGGGCCUCAGAAGUUUUGAACCUUGUUUCUUCUAUGCAUGACCAACCAGUUGUAUCAGAUGACUCCUCAGAGAGUACUGUGGUUGCAGAAAGUUCUUUAAUGAUUUCUGCUUGGGAAGAUGAUGCCCAAAUGAAGCCGCCUGAAGGAAGAAAUAUAAUGCUUAUGGAUUCUCAAUCAAGUCCUAUGGAAAUGACAUCUAGUUCAUGCAAAUCAACGGAGAUUAUGUUUGAUGUAGGAUGUAAUUAUGCUUGGGAUGAUGAUGUUGACGCAGCAUCAAACCAAAUCACAGAUCCAUGUUUUUAUCAAAUCGAUGGAAAAACUACUUCGUUAGAAGCAUUGAAAUGUUGUAGUAAUGGGGAUUCCCAGACCUCUCUAUCAGAAGAUACUAGGGUGUGUGAUACUUCUUGUACCUCUGAUAUUUCAUGCUCUCCUUCCCAACUUUCAGACAGAUCAACUGGAGACAAAGAUCGAUCUCUCGCACGAGAAAUCAUUAGUGUGGACUCGUUUAAUGUCAAAGAUGAGUAUCAGAGCAAAGAGGAGUAUCAAGUCGUGUCAUCUAAUAAUUGUUCUAAAUUUAAUGACGAAAGUUCUGAUGCUAAAUUUUGUCAAACUUAUGCGAACAGGGAAGCUGAAAGGCAAAGUUCAACGCCCUCUUCUCUUGCAUCUGUUGCGACAGACUCAGAAUGCUUUUUGAUAGACUUACCUGGCUGGGCCUCCAAUCAACAAAGUGAUGCUCCAUUUUCUGUGAUAAAAACUGAUAGUUAUAGUUUGGCCACUCAUGAUCAGAGAGAAGAAGCAUCGAAUGUUUCCAUUCAAAAAACAUUUUCAUACUGCAGUCUAAAUCCUCCUAAAAUGCCAUUCAUUCCAACAAGCAAUUCUUGUGAAGAAGAUCCUUUUGAUUUGCAAUAUCUAAAUGAUGCAAAUUAUUUUCCCACGGAUGAAGGGUUCUCUAGGUUAAGGGAUCAUACUGUGGUGCUUCCAGCUGUGCCCAAGCAGGACCAGCAAGAUGAUUAUGCCAUGCAUAGGGAGGUUUUUGAGGCACCUGACAUGAGACAAACUGGAAAUAAACCAAUUUAUGUAGUGAAGUCUGAUGAUUUAACGACAAUAAAGACUGAAGUCAUUGAUUCUGGUGAGAGAAGCAUUAUAUCCAAUAUGUUGUCACUAGAUUUUGAUCCGUGGGAUGAUUCUGUACAUUCUUCUGACAAUUUGGCCAAAUUUCUUAGUGGCAUGGGUAAGAAAGUUGGCUCUUCUGCUCUGUCAUGGAAAUUGCAAAAUAAUAAUCAAUCUAGAUUUUCAUUUGCCCGUCAGGAGAAUUUAGCAAAUGAUUUUUCUUUGGCUGCUAGUCACGCGGAGAAAUCGAGCAGUUCAACACAAGAGUCAUUUAAAGAUGCUUAUUACAACAAUAGUUUGCAUGAUACAACGGGGGGUUCCAGUGUUUUUUUGAAAAACAGUUCUUUGUCAUCAUCUAAUAACCCUGCUGGCACGCCGAGGCCUAAAAUGCCAGCACCCCCUGGAUUUUCAGUACCAAACAAAGGACCACCUCCGGGAUUUUCCUCGCAAGAAAGAUAUGAAAACAGUCAUAAGUCGGCGACUUCAGAGAAUCUAUUUCAGGGCAGUACACCAAAUCCAUUCAAUUUGAAUGCCGGUGAUGUCGAGUUUAUUGAUCCUGCAAUACUAGCAGUGGGAAAAAACUUACUCCCUCUCGAAGCUAAUGAUUCAGGUUUCGGUUUGACUUCUAACGCCGCUUCACAGUUUCGCACUACAGAAAGCAAUAAUAUACAGCCAUUGAUGCAGUAUUCUAUCUCAGCUUUUAAAGACCAAAGAUUUUCUAAUAAUAAUAAUAUAGUAGGUGGAUUGUCAACCAUGAAUGAUGUAUAUUUCUCUUCUAGAUUUCCUGCGCAGUUCCACAACCCAAGCCAUUUGCCAUUCACACAGCCCCAAUUAAGAACUUCAACCAUCUUAAAUAACCAGUCGCGCGAUUUGUGGAAUGUAUUGAAUGACAGGGAAAUGGGGAUGACUGAAAUUGUUCAAAAUGAGAGAUUUGGACAUGAUAGUUAUAUUAUUCCUGGGAAAGAGGAACAUAGUUUCAGGUUAUCGAGUUCUAAUUAUCUAUACAGUAGACCAUAUGGAAUGUAAUGAUGUUCAUGGAAAGAGGAUUCAUCCCAUCUAUUCCUAGACCACAAAUCUCAAGUAACAAAACUCCUGAGGCAGUUUUCCUGACAAGCUGAUCUGGAUUACCUACAUGAAUGAAAUGUGAUGAUAUUAUUUGUCAAAACUGUAAUAAGUUCUGCUUGUGGUUCCGGUUUGCUCUAUAAAAUGUGAGUGUUAAUUUUGCAUCUUUGUAAUUAGAAUUAAAAUCAAAGAUUAUAGAAGUGUUUGGAGUA